CGGAGCUUCUCAGGUACGAGUUGUGAGUACAACGGUUACUGCAAUAGUCUCUACGUGACUUCGCACCUUUCAUAGUCUCCCCUGUUGUUUCUUUCCUCCCUCACAUAUCCCCUUAAUGGCUUUCGCACGGUCUGCCGCCCUUCGGGGUAGCAUUCGCUCAGCUGCUCUCAAGCGAGCCGCGGCGCAAGCUCGAACUACCUUCCGGGAUAUCGGCCGCCGGUCCUAUGCUCAGGAACACGGCGCAAAGAAGAGCAGUGAUCUUCCUUGGCUAAUUGGUUCCGUUGUUGUCACCGUUCCGGCUGCCGGAUGGCUCCUCCAGCAAAGUCCUAGCAAGUCCGACCAUGGCCACGGCCAUUCUGAACAUAAGGAGGAGGCAGAAGAAGCUCCAGAACAAGAGUCCAAGGAAGAGGAGGAACCCAAGGAGGAGGCUGAAGACAAGAAAUCAGAGGAGGACGCAACCCCCAAGGGUCAGCCAGCCGGUGAGGAGCGAGACACCACCGAAUCUGCGGGCGACAAGCAGAAACAAGGUGAUGUCUCAGGAGCUAGCAAUCCACUCGCGAAUGACGGCGACCGAUCCAAGAAAGCUGAAGGACCGCCAGAAACCGCAAAGGUCCACGGUACUGUCGACUCAUCAAGGCCUGUCGGUGGUCACAAGGACCCUGAAAAGUCCCAGCCGUCCGCUGGAGAGAAGGACGAAUCAAAGAAGGAGAACUCCGAGGAGAAGUGAACAUGGCCCAAGUUCAGAGCUCUACAAUCUGUCUGAAUUGGGCAAUCUUCAGAUGUACUUGCAUAGGCCCGCAUCGUUGUCACCACAUAAUUCAGUGUGUAGAAAAGCAUUUCCCAGAUUCACGCUCCUUCCUCCGCUGGCCGCGUCAGUGUCAGGUCUCUUUUUCUGUCUUAUUGUAC